AUGUUGCAACUCAACACCGACUGCCAGAGACGAGUACUCAACUACAUUAACAGCCGAAGCGACCUAAAGUCACUAUGUUUGGUGUCGAAAGAGCUCAACCAACUCGCCCUCGAAAAGCUUUACAAGCGCAUCGACAUCCGCCUGUUCAGCGAAAAUAACACCAACUACAUCCUUGAACUACUGAAGGACGUAAAACAGAACCUCCAGUAUACCAGAGAACUCGUCGUGGAAGAUGAGUGCAUCGCCGAGGAAACCACGUCCGUCCAGUACGGCAGUGUUGGACUACCUGACCUCAAAUGUUGGACCGGUUCUGGCGCCACGAAUGCAGAUCCUGAAGUACGCGACAGUCGAUUUGAGCAGGUCUUAGAUCUCAUCCCGGCAAAUGCCCUGCGCACAUUCCGUUUCCUCGGUCGACGAUCACUACCGUGGCGGUUGCAUAAGAAGCUCGCAUCGAAACAGAGAAACAUCACAGACCUCCAAGUCAGUCUUGCUAUGGAUCUCUUCGACAACUCCAUAAACAUACUGCCAGAAGUGUGUCAACGCGAAACGGAUUUGAAACGACUGGACAUGUACAUCGUCAGUGGGUCGCCACUCAACAACCAAUUACUCGACUAUGUUGAAGCCGUCGGAAGCAACCUGCAAUCCCUGUCUUUGAGCGCCAACAUUGACACUGACGUUUCCAAGCUGCUCGGGAACCACGACUGGCCACCAUACCAGCCCAAACUCCCACUGAAAGAACUCAGAUUGACUGGCUUGACAUUGAUACACAUGUACAACUCCCUAUCGACAAUCAUCGAUUUCAGCAAGCUGCAAAAGCUCGACCUAGUAGAAUGCGCCGGAGCCUUCGGAUUACUGGCGGACAUUACAAAUGCAAUGCCAAACCAGCAGUUCGAUCUUACGCACGUUGCCUUGAACGAAUUUGUUCCUCGAAUUAGCAUCAUCAAAACUGACGACGAGCGCAACAUACAUUUGGUCAACUUCUUGAAAGCAUGUCCAAACCUGCGCAGUCUGCACUUUGGUCAUUACGAUCUCGAAGCUUUACCACCAGGAUUGAGACAGUACCUACAAAGUAGAGGCAAGGAGCUCACGAGUCUGAGUCUAUACUCCAAAACCGAGAUAAUCGACGCUGGAGAGUUCGAUCUUAUUUGCCGAUUAUGUCCCAACCUAGAACAAUUCGCCGCCGGGAUCGACGAGGAAUUUAUAAUGGCAGAUGGGCUGUGGUACCAUAACCUGAGAGACUUCGUAGACUCCCUCCGCCGCCUCCCCAAACUCCGUACCCUCCAUGUCCACCGCUCCCGCAUCUCCCUAGUCGGCGGCCUCGGCAACGGAUACGGCAACCGCUGGAACACAUCCAUGAUCUCGCUACAAGUGCAAAAGUUCGCAAACCUGCUCUUCGGCGAACUCUACUUAACACACCCUGAUUCCGCCCUCGAAACAAUUAUCGUUGGGCACUUGGGUCCUCUAAAAAGGAAGAGCAAUGCUGUCGAGCUGGGCAAUGGGCGUGAGAUCAAUUCGCAGCAUUAUCUGCCGCAGUUUUGCUUUGUCAAGAGUCGGCAGGAGGAUCUUUUGGGGAGAACGGCGACGACGGGGGUGAUGAAUCAUGAUGCAAAGAAUACCGAGCUGCUCAUCUUCCCCGUGCGCAGUUCCCUCACACACCCCACAACCGUGACCAACCAAAUCACCACCAACAAAACCGUCAUCACGCUCGCCACCCAAAGUAUACCCUCACUCUCCAACUCCCUCCCCAACACACCCGUACUAAGCGUAAACCCCACAUUCGGAAAGAUGAACGCCCACCACGUCAGACUAAACGGCAUCUUCCCAAUCACCCCCAGAUUCCCCAGCAGCGCAAUAGCAAACAACCAGAAACUAAACACAUACAAGAAAACCCCCGUGAAAAGCGCCAAAACACGAAGUAUCUCCGGCGCAGCAGGAUGCUUCGCAAAGUACCCUUCCGACAUGUUGUUCGGAACCGCAUUCGCCAGCCCAAUCAACGCAACAAUCGUGUACGCACCACUCCCCACCGGUAUAAACAACGCAGGCCGUAACUGA